AUGUCAUCCCAAGAACCAUAUAGCUCAAGUAUUUCCGUAAUACAACAAUCCCCUUCCACAUCUCCUGUUUAUUCUCAACUUUCAUCUUCCCUCUCUUCGCUUAUACAACCUCACUCGCGAACCUCUAGUCUACCUGUUCCGCCAUCACCUCAACAAAUCGAACAACUAACAUUACCUUCAAAUGCGUUGGCAUUUUCAAAGAAACCAUCUCGAUACAGCUCGCUCUCAUAUACCAACUCUACGGAAUACUCGUCUGACCGCAAAAAUUCAGUUGGCUCUUUGCAAUGUACAUGUUUAGAAAAAGUCCAUCCGCAUCAUUCUUGCCCUAACUCAAAUCAGUAUGACUAUUGGCCACCACCGCCCGAAUACUCGAGUGAGAAUAAAGGCCGUGUUCAUAAUGAAGAUAGCGACAGAGCUGAGACUGUUUUGAGCUUGAAUGAUGAUGAACAAGUUGAAAGAAAAAUGGAUGAAUACGAAAAGAUGGAAGCGCAAAUUCGAAUGGCUUUUGUAAGAAAAGUAUAUUCUCUUCUCUGUUCACAGCUGGCUGUGACAACUGCAAUGUGUGCUUUAUUCAUGAUCCAUGAUGCUACUAGACAGUUUGUCGUACGCAGUAAUUGCCUUUUCUUUGUUUCAUGGUUUAUUGCAUUUGUCACACUUCUUCUUUUGCUCUGGAAACGAAAGAGUCAUCCAUUGAACCUGUUGCUGCAUAUUAUAUUUACAUUAGCGAUAUCCUAUGGUAUUGCCACGAUAGUUGCUACAUAUGAAGCAAAAAUAGUCGUUCAGACCUUUCUCAUAACAAUCGGCGUGUUUGCUGCUCUUGUAUUAUUCACUCUACAAUCACGAAUCAACUUUUCAUCUUGGGCGCCGUUUUUGUAUGCUGGGUUGUGGGUCGUUAUACUUUCUGGGAUUAUUGGAUGGCUGCUUCCAUUUGAUCGCGCAUACCAUGUCGCCAUUUCCGUGCUGACUGCAUGUAUAUUUUGCGGAUAUAUCCUUUAUGAUACGUACAUGUUAUUCACCAAGCUGAGUCCUGAAGAAUACAUUAUCGCAGCAAUCGAUUUGUAUCUCGAUGUAAUAAACCUUUUCAUCGCAUUACUCGUUCUCCUCGGUGGUAUGGAUACAAAAUGA